AUGGCAGAACAUAUUGCUGGAGCUUUUCUUUCGUCUUUCUUUCAAAUGGUUUUUGAUAGGUUGGCUUCGAGUAAUUUCACCGACUAUUUCCGUAGAGGCAAACUUGACAAGUUGGUGGAGGAACUUGAGUCUACACUCGAGUCUAUCAAUCAAGUGUUGGAUGAUGCAGAGAUAAAACAAUACCAAAUCUCAAACGUCAAGAAGUGGCUUGGCGAUGUUAAACAUGCUAUGUAUGAGGCUGACCAACUCUUGGAUGAGAUAUCUUGUGAUGCCUCGCUCAAGAAGUUGAAAGUAGAAUCUCAACCUUCUACUAGCAACAAAUUUCUUGGCUAUUUUUCCGCUUUUAAUAAUUCAUUUGAAUCACGGAUCAAAGAAUUGUUAAAGAAUCUAAAACAUCUUUCUGAGCAAAAAGAUGUGUUUGGAUUGAAAAAUGGAACUUGGGCUCGUAAUGAAGAUGGAGUCAGUUUGAAACCUUUAGAAAGACCGCCUACUUCAUAUUUGGUGGAUGCAUCCCGCAUAUAUGGUAGGGACGAUGAGAAAGAUGAAAUGGUCAAAAUUUUACUUUCAAACAAUGGCAGUGGCAACCAGACACCUGUAUCCAGCAUAGUGGGUCUAGGUGGGAUGGGUAAGACGACCUUUGCUAAGUUCGUGUACAAUGAAAGUAGGAUUGAGGAUCAUUUUGAACUUAAAGCAUGGGUUUAUGUUUCAGAACCUUUUGAUGCUGUUGGACUCACCAAAGCAAUUCUCAAGUCUUUUAACUCUUCAGAAGAUGAUGAAUCAAUUUUCAAUUUACUCCAAGAUAAACUACAACACAUACUAACUGGUAAGAAAUACUUGCUUGUUUUAGAUGAUAUCUGGAAUGGGAAUGCGGAUUAUUGGGAGCAGUUACUACUUCCCUUUAACCAUGGAUCUUUUGGAAGUAAGAUUAUUGUGACGACACGUGACAAGGAGGUAGCAUAUGUCCUGAAUUCCACGAAAAUAUUUGAUUUACAACAAUUGGACAAAAGACAUUGUUGGAGUUUAUUUGUGACACAUGCGUUUCAUGGAAAGAACAUGUGUGAAUAUCCAAAUCUUGAAUCAAUUGGCAAAAAAAUAGUAAACAAAUGUGGAGGUUUACCAUUAGCAGUAAAAACAAUGGGCCAACUCUUGCGGAAAAAAUUCUCUCAACAUGAAUGGAUAAAGAUAUUGGAGACGGAUAUGUGGUGUUUAUCAGAUGUGGACAACAGCAUUAAUCCUGUGCUGAGAUUGAGUUACCAUAAUCUCCCUUCCAAUCAGAAGCGUUGUUUUUCUUUUUGUUCUAUAUUUCCCAAAGGUAGUCGUUUUGGCAAAGAUGAAUUAAUCAAGCUUUGGAUGGCUGAAGGUUUGUUGAAGUGUUGCGGAGCGGGAAAAAGUGAAGAAGAAUUGGGUAAUGAAAUUUUCAAUGAUCUUGAGUCAAUUUCUUUUUUCCAACAACCAUAUCAUCUAAUACUUGGUAGAUAUAAGCACCACUUUGUCAUGCACGAUCUUAUCAAUGAUUUAGCAAAUUCAGUAUCAGAAGAUUUUUUCAUGCAAGUAAAUGGUUCUAUGGUGGAAGGUAUCCCUGAAAGGACACGUCACAUUCGGUGCUCUCUUCAAUUAACUUAUGUUGAUAAAUCACUAGAGCCAAUUUGUCAGCUUAAGGGACUACGUAGUCUGUUACUAAAAGGCGAUGGAUCUAUAUUGAUAAGCAACGAUGUGCAACGUGAUAUGUUUUCAAGACUAAAAUAUUUGCGAAUGUUAUCAUUCAAUGGUUGUGGCCUCUCAGAGCUAGUUGACGAGAUUAGCAAUUUAAAGCUUCUGCGUUAUCUAGACCUUUCUUACACUCAUAUAAGAAGCUUACCUGACGCCAUUUGUAUGUUGUAUAAUCUGCAAACACUCUUGUUGGGAAACUUUGAUAAAUUGACCGAGCUCCCUUCAAAUUUUUCCAAACUCAUAAAUUUACGUCAUCUUAAACUCCCAUAUUCUUUAAAGAAGAUGCCAAAGCAUAUAGGCAAUUUAACCAAUCUCCAGGCCUUGCCUUAUUUUAAGGUGGAAGAGCAAAACGGAUCUGAUCUUAAGGAGUUGGAGAAACUUAACCAUCUUCAUGGAACACUUCAAAUUACAGGGCUGGGUAAUGUCAUUGAUCUUAUAGACGAUGCAUCAACAAUUUUGAAAAAUAAGAAGUAUUUAGAAGAAAUACUUAUGACAUUUAAUGGCGGAAGAGAAGAAAUGAGGGGUUCAUAUGUUGUAAGACAAGUGUCUGUCUUGGAUGCUCUUCAACCAAAUAGCAACUUGAAGAGGCUCACCAUUAAGAACUACCGUGGCAAUAUGUUUCCCGAUUGGCUAAGGAGUUGUCAUUUACCCAACUUAAUAUCUCUUAAACUGCAGAUUUGUAGAUCAUGUUCCUAUUUUCCACCACUAGGACAACUCCCAUCUCUCAAGGAGCUUUCUAUUUCAAGCUGUAACGGAAUAAAGAUCAUUGGGGAAGAGUUUUAUGGCAGUAACUCAAUAAAUGUUCCGUUCAAGUCCCUAGAAGUUUUGGAAUUUGAGAGGAUGAACAAUUGGGAGGAAUGGUUAUGUUUUGGAGAGUUUCCUUUGCUUAAAAGUCUUUCUAUAAGAAAUUGUCCCAAAUUGAAAAGGGCCCUGCCUCAACAUCUUCCUUCUUUACAAAAGCUGAAGAUUUUUAGCUGUGGAGAGUUGGCGGUAUCAAUUCCCAAGGCUGAUAAUAUCAUAGAGUUAGAGGUAAAGGGAUGUGAUCGGAUUUUGAUAAGUAAACUUUCGUCCAGCUUGAAAAAGUUUGUCCUUAGUGGAAUUCGGUACGCUGAGUUCUCCGAAGCACAUAAUUUAAUCAACAAUCCCAUUUUGGAAGGAUCGGAGUUGGAUUUGGGUUGCUAUAACUCUCUUCACACACUAUGUUUAAAAGGCUGGAACCUCUCCCUUCCUUGUUCACUACACUUGUUCACCAAUCUUCAUUCUCUCGAGUUAUUAGAUUGUCCUGAGCUGGAUUCUUUUUCUAUGGGAGGUUCGUCUUCCAACUUGAGGUACCUUCACGUACACAAUUGUCCAAAACUAAUUGCUUCGAGAGAGGUGUGGUGUUUGUUGUUCCAACUCAAUUUUCUGAAAGUGCUUCGAUUGAGUGAUAAGUUUGAAAGCGUGGAGUCCUUCCCAGAUGAGAAUCUGCUGCCACCAAGUCUCGAGUCUCUUUAUUUGUACGAAUGUUCAAAGCUAAGAAUAAUGAACUUCAAGGGUUUUCUCCAUCUCAAAUCUCUCAAAUCUUUGUUUAUUGCCGACUGUCCUAGUCUUGAGCGCUUGCCAGAGGAGGGUCUACCCAACUCCCUUUCUUAUUUGGAGAUUCGUAAUUGUCCGUUGCUUAAGAAGAAGUACCAAAAGGAAGAAGGAGAGUGUUGGCAUACAAUUCGCCACAUCCCUUUGGUGUUCAUAGUUUGA